CCCCAUCCCACCAUACACCACACCAUGAACGCCAUCUCUUCAUUCAGACCGCUGUUUCGCGGUGCCCCCGCUGCAGCCCGCUUUUUCUCUGCUUCUGCUGCGCGCAGCGAUAUCGCGAAAAUGAUUUUAGUCGGCAGAAUGGGCAACACCCCCGACCUUCGCACUACGAGCGCCGACAGAGAAUACGUCCGCUACAGUCUUGCCGUGCGCGGCAGUCGCAACGAGACGUCGUGGUAUUCCAUUCUUGGAUUCAACAGUGUUGAAUAUGUGAUGGAUCACAUUCAGAAGGGAGACCUUGUUUGUGUCGAAGCUGACGCUUCAUUAGCGCAGUAUGAAGUCAACGGCCAGCGCAAUUAUCGCCUUCAGCUCGUUCAGCGAAACAUCUCAAAGCUUUCAUCAUCAAGGAAAAACCAACAAGCGGAAGAAGAAAUUGUUGAGGAACACGACGCUGAAGCUGUCGAGGAGGAGGAGGAGGAGAGAGCUUAGCUUACAAGUUCUCGCUAGAGUCGCUCGUCUGAAGCUGUUUGAUUCGGAUCAGCUUCGAUCCACUUCCGCGUUGUCGUCUUAAUCGGCUUUGUGUAUUUUCAGUGUAUUUUAAAUUUUAUCUCUCCGCUUCCUUGAUCUCUAUAUGUUUAAAGCAUACGCAUACGUGAUUCCUGAACCUCAUCACAGUCGCGCUCGCUCAAGAACUCCGCUGAUUCUUCUCAGUGAUGUCAAACAGCGAUCUGCUCUCUGCUUGGUUUCACCAAAAACACUCUCCGUAAUCACCAUUAAUCGAGAUGUGUAUAUUCAAUAUAGAAAACAAA